GUUCUUUAUAAAUGGGCCUGUCCAUGUUGUUGCCUCAAGUCAGCUGUAAACAGUUUCCUUGAGUGAUUAUUUGAUGCAUCUUCUUUCGGGAUGGCAUCGACUAGUGGUUCAAAAUUAGUUUUCAAGAUUCUGUGCGACAAUGACGGUUGUUUGGAGGUAAGGCAGCUGAACGCGAAGCUGGCACAAAACAGCUUCGGAGUUAAAGUAGCGAACCUCCGUUCAGUUCUUUUCGACGACGGUAAAAUUGCGAUUCGGGAGGGCAGACAGCGGGUUCCUGGGGGUAACAUCAGGCCCGACAGUCUGGUUGUUGCUAAAACCAGUUUGAGGCUUUGCCAGAGAAAAGCUGGGGAAUGCGGACAUUGUGAUAGUUUACACUUGUGUAGGUAUUUUGUCUGCGGAGGCUGCACCUUCGGACCCAAGUGUAAAAAUCCACACAAUUUGGCUUCUCCACACAACGCUGAUCUUUUGCAAAGAUUUGGUCUUCAGGAUUUGACAGAGAAACAACUUUUCCAGCUUUUACUGCAGAAUGAUCCUUUCCUGCUUCCUGAGGUCUGUCCGCAUUACAACAAGGGUGAUGGUCCGUUUGGCUCCUGCAGAUACACCACCUCCUGCACAAAGCUCCAUGUCUGCCUGCAUUUCCUCCAGGGUGACUGUAGGUAUGGCUCAAGAUGCAAGAGAACCCAUACUGUUCAACAAGGAAUGAAGCUUUUCAAAGGAUUCAGUCAGGAGAAUAUUCAAAACCUUUACAAGAUCUACAGGAAUAAAUUCAUCAUCACUGGACAAUGUGGACAGCACGAGACUCCAGCUGCUGCUGGUCCAGUGCUUCCAGAGGUGACAUUCAGUCAACAGCUGCCUUCCCAUCAGCCUCCACAAAUGAGUCCUAGAAGCCUCACCAACUCUGUUGGUCCUUCAAAAUCUAACAGUGAAGGUGAAAGGAAUGAGAUCUGCCUCUAUAAUAUUCGCAAAAGCUGCAGCUUCAAAGAGAAAUGUGUGCGUGUCCACUGGAACCUACCGUACAAAUGGGAGGUUUUACACAGAGAUGGUGUUACUUGGAAGGACUUGCCUUGUAUGGAAGAAAUUGAAAAGGCAUACUCUGACCCAACAUGCAACAGUAGCUCGGAUCCACUGCUGUCUACGUUGGGAAUUCUCUCGAGUCUGAAUCUUGGAUCUGCAUCUAACAUUAAGCAGCAUGUUGACUUUAAAACGAUGACCUACAAAGAGUCUCCAGUUCGUCGCCUGUCCACGGCUUCUUCUGUCCUACAUCCGCCACACUUCAUUCUCACAACUCAGUGGAUUUGGUACUGGAAGGAAGACAAUGGUUUAUGGAUUGAGUAUGGACAGGGUGGAGGAGACACCACUGUGACUUCUGAAACUCUGGAGAAAAUGUACCUGGCAGACAAGUAUGCAGAGAUCACUUUCCAGGCAGGCAAACAUCAAUACACCGUGCAUUUCAAAGGUGAUGAAGGAAGCCAGACGAUGUUUCAACAGAAUUUAAAAUAUAAAACUAAGAGAGAGAUCCGAAGGAGGCCUCGCUUUGUGUCACCUCAGGAUGUGAAUGACAUCAAGAGUGGACCAUCACACAGCUCCUGCUCCUCCACAGCGGAACAUAUUCCACCCCACUGGGACAAGAAAGCCCUGCCUGAUUUGAGUUAUAAGCUCGUGCUCCUCUCCAGAGUUGAUCCAGAUUAUAAAAUUGAGGAGGAUUUCAGACGCACCAUGCCUUGCAGUAGAAUUGAAAGCAUCCAAAGAAUCCAGAACCCGUCUUUGUGGAAAGUCUUUCAAUGGCAGAAGGACCAGAUGCAGAAGAGGAAUGGAGGGACACGUGUGGAUGAGAAACUUUUGUUCCACGGCACAGAAGAGAGCCUGGUCGACGCCAUUUGUGAUCAGAACUUUGACUGGAGGAUGUGUGGCGUCCACGGAACAGCCUAUGGGAGAGGGAGCUACUUUGCCAGAGAUGCCUCCUACUCAGACAGAUAUUCUAGAGUCCGAGGGAGUCUGAACAAGAUCAUGUUUGUUGCUCGAGUGCUGGUGGGUGAAUACACAAAGGGAAGGAGCAACUACGUUCGACCACCACCAAAAGCAGGAAGCAAAGCUCUUUAUGACAGCUGCGUUGACUCUGAAAGAGACCCCAGCAUAUUUGUGGUCUUUGAAAAACAGCAGAUUUAUCCAGAGUAUCUAAUCAAGUACAGAUGAGAAAACAAAUGCUUUAAUUCCCUUUUGCUAAAGGGAAAUAAAACACAAAUACAAAUGGGACACUUUUUAGCUUGCUAAAGUCCAAUACACAUAAGGGAACAUUUUGCUGGGUAUCUUUGUUCUGUCCAAAGCAUGCAGUUUGGCUUUCUUUGUGUAUUUUGUACUUACUUCUCAAUAGCUCUUUUUUUCCAUAACCUUAGGUGACUACAUGUCUGUCGGGAGUUUGCCUAAGUAAAUAGUCUUUUGUAAAUAUUCAUUUGUCCAGGAAAUCACAAAAACACAAUUUCGAAUUUGUUGCUCCUUAGUGCUGUAGGCAGUAGCAAGUAUAUGGGCAUUGGGCAAUCUUGUAUUCCAUCUCUUCAUAACCCAAGUCCCCCUGAAAGGUAUGCACAAACUUUCUUAAUUAAGACAUUUUCAUUCAAACCAAAAUGUAUGGAGAAAACACAAGCUUACUUGCCUUUGCAAAUAUCAUAUUUCAGAUUAACUGGAAGCCAAACGUAUAUUGCAGAGAAGAAGCUUAAUUAUUAUCCACCAUACCAUGAACGGUUAUUUAAAAAAAUUAUUUCAAAAGCAAAUCAUAUACAAAUUUACAACAAAGUGUUUUAGAAAGUAUUAAUACAGAGAAAUUGAAACCUGCAUGUAUCCUCUUGCAAAAACCAAAUUAUUUUUAUUCCUACCUAGUAGAUGUUAAUCUCUUUAAACACCUUUACAAACCUCGCAAGAUAUAAAUGAUUUUAAUAUCAAAAUGAAACAAAUGUUAUGCUUAAUCUUUUAAAGAAAAGCUGUUUAAAGUGUUAAAAGGAUGGACUUAUCCUAUCCAAAGUGCUAAUAAACUUUUCCAGGAGUGUUAAUCUUUCAAAAAAUUGAAAGUACUGACACCUGUGUUCUUUUGAUCCCCCUGAGAUAUCUUCAAUUUCAUUGCAAACAAAAGUAUAAAUGGUAUCUGUUCCUUGGCUUCAUGGAAAUUAAACUUAUUCAAAAGAGCUUCAUGAUGAACUGUUAGCAGACUCACUUGUAGCGUUAAAUCUGACACAAAGUGCUGCGAAGGCCUAUUGUAAUCAUAGUGUUUAUUAUUAAACACUUAGUAAAGAUGAUAAGCACAAUGAUUAUAUAUAGUGUUUAAUAAUAAACAACAAAAAAAGUGAAAACGAUCAUUCACAGGCUUCAUUACUGUAAGGUGAAGUUGCAUAAAAUUUUCCCUAACACAUCCCCACUGUGUGACAAAUGCCAUAUUGAAGAAGCCACCCUUCUCCAUUAUUACUCUUUGUGUACAAAAUGAACCCCAUUUUGGUCUGGCAUAUUCAAAACCUUAUCAGAUAUGUUCCAUACAGAGUUGAGGCUGGACCCACUUCUGAUUGUACUCUGCGUUUCUGUUCAGCUUUCUAAAUUUAAUAAAUGCCAACAACAGUUAUUAUCUUAUGCCUUUAUCAUAGGAAAAAAGCUAAUGUUGAUGUUCUGGAAAGGUUCCAUCGGUUAAAUUGUGGCUGGAGGAACUGGUAAGGCUCUCUCAUCUGGAAAGAAUACAGUUCUUAGCAAUAUUAGCAAAUAACUUAAAGCGAUUCAUUAGAACUUGGCGACCCCUUUGGCAAUAUAUUGAUAACUCUAUUUGAAGAGAAUUUGAUUUGAUUCUCGAUGUGAUAAGAUGCAAGUCCUAGGGAAAGGGGAGGUAAUGUCCCUGUUUAUUUACAUCACUUUAGUUUUGUUUUGAUUUUGUAUUGUCUUUAUGUUUUAUGUUCACAUCAAAAAGAGGACAAA